AUGUCUUAUCGAUUGCUAAGUGUGGAUAAGGAAGAUUUGUCUACAUCACCACCAGCUUUGAAGGAACGCAACUACUUGGGUUUGUCUGAUUGCUCCUCUGUUGAUAGCUCAACCAUUCCAAAUCUUGCUCAAAGCUACAGACUUGAGGCUACAGAGCUGAGACUAGGCCUUCCUGAGUCUCAAUCUCCUAAGAGAGAGACCGAUUUUGGUUUGCUAACUCCAAGAACGCCUGACGAGAAGCUUCUCUUCCCUCUGCUUCCUUCAAAAGACCAUGUCUCUCCUGCUGCUACUACUACAGGGCACAAGAAUGUUGUCUCUGGCAACAAAAGAGGUUUCUCUGACGCUUGGGACGAGUUAGGAUCUGGAGGAAUCAACAUGAUGCUUUCGCCGAAGACCACAGCUACCAGUAAGGAUGUCAAGAAAAGUGUUCAAGAAGAAAGAAAGAUCGGCUCGAACAAUGCACCUGCUGCUAAGGCGCAGGUUGUUGGUUGGCCUCCGAUCAGAUCCUACAGGAAGAAUACAAUGGCGUCUUCUACUUCGAAGAACACUGAUGAGGUUGAUGGGAAGCCUGGUCUUGGUGCUCUGUUUGUGAAAGUGAGCAUGGAUGGUGCUCCUUACCUGAGGAAGGUCGACUUGAGGACUUACUCUUCCUAUCAACAAUUGUCUUCUGCUCUUGAGAAAAUGUUCAGCUGCUUCACUCUUGGUCAAUGUGGACAUCAUGGAGCUCAAGGGAGGGAAAGAUUAAGUGAGAUUAAGUUGAAGGAUCUUCUUCAUGGAUCGGAGUUUGUGCUUACUUAUGAAGACAAAGAUGGUGAUUGGAUGCUUGUUGGAGAUGUCCCAUGGGAGAUAUUUACUGAGACAUGUCGGAAACUGAAGAUCAUGAAGGGUUCUGAUUCCAUUGGUUUAGCUCCAGGGGCAAUGGAGAAAUCGAAGAACAAAGACCAAGUGACUCUCCGGGUUUGA